AGCUCAAUAAUAUCUCAAAUAAUUGCGUAAAAAUUUAUUUAAAGAAUGACAUUUUUCGGUCUUACUCAUUUAGGAUUCGAGAAUCCUUUUUCUGAUUUAAUCAUUCGUCAAGAUUUAAUCUGUGAUCGAGAUUUGAGACCUUCAGUUUUGAGAGAAGUACCAUACGAACGAAUUAAAAAUCAUUAUUUUUAUCUCAAUGAGUUUAAUUUCGAUCGACAGUGGUAUUGGAAUGGUAGUAGAAAGCCCGCCUGUAAACGAAAACCACCCUUUGCUAUAUAUCGACUACCAUUGACGGCUAAUGAAGAGUAUGGAUGGUGGGGAAGAGAGUUUCGAAAGGGAAAACUUUUACCUCCUUGGGCUUUCGUGCAACGAUAUCCAACAAUUCGAAGCGAUGUCACUAAAUGGGCAGACAGCGUGCUGAAAUCCGAUCCAAAUAUGCCACUUUUUUAAUUUUAAACAAAAUAAUCAGAUUUCAGAAUACAGAUGUAUUUAAAUAUUCUAUUAUUUUAAAACAUUUUCAAAAUUCGUUAAUUGUAAAAUUUAUAACAAAAUCGUGAAAUCAAAAAUUGUAUAUAUAUUUUCUUCGACUCAAUUUAUAUUUGUACGCAAUUAUUAAAUUCGAUGGUUAUUAUUAGCAGUAAAAAUUAUAGGCCUAUAAAAAGAAUAAAAUGAAUUUUGUCUUUUGUUAAUGGAUUAUUUUUAUAAAAUUAUUUAUAGAAUUACAUAAAUUAUUUCCUUCAAUCAAUAAAUAAUUAUUAACAGGAGCGGAUUUACGGGGAUUUUUUCUUCCUAGUAGUCAAGUAUUUCAAGCAGUAAAAAA